ACUUCUUAGAGGGCUGGCUACAAGGAGGAGGGGGAUUAAUACUUUGUCUGCUCUUCACCCAAACACUUGAUAGAAGAAUUCCAGACUGAAAAAAGGCUUGCAUGUGAGACCCUUGGACAUGGCAUAUUACCUGCUCAUAUUGUGUCUGGUAUCUUAUUUGAAGGACGGAUUUGCUCAGAAUUCAAGCCUGCCACCAAACCUACCAAACACUACGGCAUGGCCAGCUGGCUGUGGUCAAGAUGUCAAAUCUUUUUACUUUGCACUUUGUGAUCUUACAGCUGCCUGGGGUAUUGUCCUUGAAGCAGUGACCUCCUUAGGGAUUAUCUGUACAAUAGUCUUAGGACUAAUUUUUGUGGCACUUGCCCCUUCAGUCUCUCAGGAUGCACGCAAGGGAACCCUAGCCCUCAACUUUUUGUUUCUAAUUGGGGUCCUGGGCUUAUUUUCUUUAGUUUUUGCAUUUAUCAUUGCACCAACUUCCACAGUCUGCAUAGUUCGAAGGUUUUUGUUUGGCGUUUUAUUUGCCCAGUGCUUUGCAUGUCUGGUAGCACAUUCAGUCAGGCUUAACUACCUAGUUCUUCAGAACAGAGGUCCAGGUGGGUGCAUGGUGUUUCUGCUAGCAAUUGGACUUUUCUUGGUAGAAGCUGUGAUCAAUGUGGAAUGGCUCCUCAUUACCAACGUGCGUGAAACAAUCCAGGAUAUACAACCUUUUGGACAUCCCUGUAACAUAACCAACCAAGAUUUUGUGACAGCUUUAGUCUACGUUAUGUUCCUCAUUGUAGCAUCACUGGUCAUCCCUUGUCCAGUGCUCUGUGGACACUACUUACAAUGGAAACGUCAUGGAAAACACAUAGUAGUAACAGCAUUUUUUUCACUUCUCAUCUGGGUAGCAUGGAUUAUUAUGUAUCUCUACGGCAAUGAGAGGCUUGGCCAUACAACCUGGGAUGACCCAGUACUGGCCAUUGCUUUAGUAUCAAAUGCCUGGGUUUUUGUCUUGUUUUAUAUUAUCCCCCAGUUAAUGGAAAUGACAAGAUCUGGAUACAAAUAUGAAGAUGAUACCCUUAAUAUAUUGAAGAGACAUUCUGACACUCCACAGUCCAUAAUAAUGGAAAACAGAGCAUUCUCAAUGGAUAAUCUAGAAGGAGAGGAGCCUGUCAACUAUAGGCGUGACCAAGACAAACCAGUCUCUCCAUACAGCAACUAUACCGGACUCUAUCCCACUCUACCUCUGCAUCCCGGGGACAUGGAAACUGUAAGCCACAUACCAGUACAUUUACCACGGAUUUCAAUGGAACCUUGGCGCUACCAUCUGUGAACUUUGGAUACAUUGACAGUAAACACUACGGAGUGACAAGAAUGCUGUUCGAUGAUACAAUGCUAUACAAGAACCCACGCGGAUAAACUUCACAAUAGGACUUGUAGGUGUAACAGGACUGAAGAAAUACUGCAGGAGGCAGGCAAAAUAAAUGUCAUCACAAGUUCUUCUCUCGUUUCUUUCCAGCGCUAUGAAUAUUCAAUAAGACUGCAUUACAUUUUAAUCAUUCCUAGUCUGAUUUACUGUUUUCAUCUUGCCAGAUAGUCCCCCUGAGCCUUCAUUAACCAACCUGUUAACAAUUCAGAAAAACAAAUGUUUACUCGUGGCGCACAAUGUAGCAAACAUCCCGUCAGUUCUGGUCACUAAACUCUUAUACUAAAGGGAGGUGUUAAGUUAAAUGCACUGGAACUAAAUAUUCUAAUGAUGCCAAUGAACUAGGACGCCAAUGAACUGUCAUAUGUCAAUUAUCUAAUCGUCUCCUAUAUGAUCCAGUGAUAUAAUAAUAUCUUGUUAAUCAGUUGCCUUUUGAUUUAAUGUUAAAAGUCUACAAUGUAUCAGCUGACUUCUUA